AUGGCGGGACCCUGCGGCUUUGAUACCAAUCAGGAUAUCCACGGAGCACCGAGCCCUCAUCAACCUCACCGCACCUGCAAUCAGCCCGCCAACCCGGCCUGCGACCAAUCAGCAGCGAGUGGAAGGAGACGAGAGAAAGGCGUGAGGCACGGAGGGAGUGGUGUGGGACUGAUCAAGUUCGCGGACGACACCACCCUCAUUGGACUCAUCUCCAACAACGAUGAGUCCGCCUACAGGAGGGAGGUGGACCGGCUGGUGUCCUGGUGCAGUGGUAACAACCUGGAGCUGAACGCCCAGAAGACAGUGGAGAUGAUUGUGGACUUCAGGAAGAGCACUGUCCCCCCGCCCCCACCCUCCGUGAUGGACUCCCCCAUCACCUCUGUGGAGUCCUUCCGUUUCCUGGGCACCACCAUCACCCAGGACCUCAAGUGGGAGCCGACCAUCAGCUCCCUCAUCAAGAAGGCCCAGCAGAGGAUGUACUUCCUGCGGCAGCUCAGGAAAGCCAAGCUGCCUGCACAGAUGUUGGUGCAGUUCUACACGGCCAUCAUCGAGUCCAUCCUCACCUCCUCCAUCACCGUGUGGUUCGCUGGAGCCACAGUCAGGGACAAACAGAGACUACAGCGCAUUGUGCGCUCUGCAGAGGAAGUGAUCGGCCGCAGCCUUCCAUCGCUGCAGGACCUGCAGGAGGCUGCGGUCCAUCAGGACUAG